CAUUAACCCCGUACCGUUAGCUGCUUCGCCGCUAAUUAGCUAGCUUAGCUUAUUGUUUUUUUUAGCUUUCAAAGCGACAUUGCUGUGCACGUGUCAUGCUCAAGUUAUAUAGUGUUAAACUCUCUGGCUUUACCCAAAAUUCACGACGUUUACAGCUGCCGCCAUGUAUCGUUCAUUUUCUCCAAACCUGGUUCGACCCAACCUGCCCUUGAGGAAGCCGUCAUCGAGCCCCAUGGCUCUUUCCACCCCGAGGCCUCCGGCUCCUCCCGGACCUCACUCCGUGCCCAAAGCAACAACCGUGUGCAGCGCGUCAGGCACCAUUGGAGACGACUUGAAGAAAUUACCAGUCAGCAAGGAUCAAUCUGCAGUGUUAGGAUCCGUACCGCCAGCACUGACUGUGUAUUUAUGCCACUUCUGUGGUCAGCAAGGAAUCUUUCGGUGCAAGCGCUGCAAGAAGACUCCUUACUGCUCUGUAGCGUGUCAGACAGAAGACUGGAAGGCACACAAGCGCAUAUGCACCUCCAUUGAUCCAGAACCUGUAAAUGAGAAACCUAAGGAAACCACAGCUUCACCAGUGACAGGAGACAGAGCCGGCCUGAUUGAGUCCAAGCAAGGUGAUGCAUCCAGCAUCCAGAGGGUCUAUUUCAAGGACUUGCACAUGCCGAAAAUCAUCAAUGGAACAGACAUCCAGGCAUCUGUUGUGGAGUUCUACAGCCCUGGCAGGUUUUUCCUUCUUGCCCAAAGCCCCGAGGUUCUGAAAGCUCUGCAAAACAUCAUCACUGAGCUUCAGAAAACGUACAGCUGCCCAUCAGUGACGACAUAUGUUCCCCAUGUUGGCGAGGUUUGCGCAGUUCAGUUCUCCUGUGAUCUGAACUGGUACAGAGGCCUGGUCCAGACCUUGGCUGCUGACCAGAAGACGGCUAAUAUCCUUUACAUUGACUUUGGCAAUGAAGAGGACGUCCCUGUGGGCAGGAUCAAGCCCCUGGCUGCUAACAUCCAGCCAUUUUGUCCAUGCGCGAUGGAGUGCCGUAUCACCGGGGUGGUGCCAGCGACUGGUAGCUGGUCCUCCGAGUGCUGUAUUUCUGUGAAACAGCUGUUGGCCGGCAAGACUGUGACUAUUAGGCUGGUGGAAACACAAGAAAAUGGUCGCGUGCAUUCUGUGAAUAUCCUACUUUCUAUGGGAAAGACAUUGAGCACAUUCCUCCUUGAGCAUGGCUAUGCAGAAGAGGAAGCUGUCAACAUCGCACCAACUCAGCAGGAAAUAAACACCAUGAUGACUACGUCUUUGGAAAACUUCAGGCGUCUCUCUGAUGGGAAGGAUGACAACACUUGGUCUCAGCCACCAGAGCCACUGACGGUGGCAGUGGGCGACUCCUUCUCUGUGGUGAUCACCCACCUCCUGUCACCCAGUGACAUCAUCGUACAGAAGGUGGAGAACGCCGGAGUGAUUCAGGAUUUGCAGCUGAAGCUGAGGGAACACUGCCGUCAGGUCUCGGCCCCUCAGAACUUCAGGCCGGCCCCCGGCACAGUUUGCUGUGCACAGUUCUCAGAGGACAAGCAGUGGUACAGGGCUAAAGUUAUGGGCUAUUCAUCAGAGGAACGCGUCUGUGUCGGCUACCUGGAUUUUGGGAACUCUGAGGAAGUGGAUUUAGCUAACCUGCAGCCUAUCAGCACUUCACUACUGGCCUUGCCAAUGCAAGGUUUGCCUUGUGUUCUAGCAGGGGUGCAGCCAGUUGAGGAGAGCUGGUCAGAAGACUGUCUGCUGGCUCUGCAGCUCAGGGUAUCGAACCGAAUACUGCGCAUUGAGAUCACAGGAGCACAAGAUGACAAGGCUCUAGUGGCCAUGAUUGAUGAGGCCAGCGAUCCUCAGGCCAACAUAGCCGAGCUGUUGAGCUUCGCUGGUUUCGCUGCACCUGCUCCUCUUCCCACCGGUAGUGACCAACAGGCUGACCAGACAGCCACUGCUGCUGUGGAACCACAAGUGCCCCCCCCUGCCCGUGAGCCUCUGGUGUGGUCUUGCACUGAGCUUCCCCGUGACGGCCAGACAGUGGCACUGCUUGCUAGUGUCGUGGAGAACCCUCGAGAGUUUUACUGCCGCAUCAACGAGCCUGCAGACCGUCAGCGGCUGAUCGAGCUGGGGACGGAUUUGAAACGGCAUUGUGAGGCAAAGGUGUCACCUUUUGAGCCCAAAGUAGGGAAUCCCUGUUGUGCCAUGUUUCCUGGUGAUGGAGAGUGGUAUCGCGCUAUGGUGAACGACCUGUCUGAAGACGCGUCUGUAUACUUUGUGGACUAUGGUUAUAGCAUGAAUGUUGAAAAGAACGUCCUUCGAUCCAUUACAAACCGACUCCUGACUCUACCCUUCCAGACAAUUCGCUGCUGGCUCGCAGGUGUGGAGCCUCUGGGAUCCGAGUGGAGCCGUGAAGCCUUGCUGUGGUUCCAGAAUCUGGUGGAUGGCGAGCAGCUCUCUGCGCGUGUCCUUUCUGUCACUGAAGACGGUUACGGUUUGGAGCUGGAGAGCAGAGGGCAGAAUGUGGCAACGGCCCUCAUUUCUGAGCAACUAGCCAAAGUUCCUGGAGCGCUACCCACAGAGACGCAUGCAACCACUGGCUCUGGACAUGCACGCCAAGAGAAAGCACAGGAAAAUGAGCACAGCCAAAAACAUGCGGGUUCCUCCAACCAGGUGACAGGAGCCAGUUCCAAAGAGAUACCAACUGAGGGGCGGACUGCAAUGCCAUCAGAUGCCCCGUGUUUCCCAGCGGACUGGAAGACGGUGGAGCUGCCUCUCAACGAAACCUUUCAGCCUUGUAUUGCUGCCGUCACCGGUCCUUCCCUCUUCUACGUGCUCAGUCCCGGCCAGGUGGACCAGCAGAAGCUUCAGGAGGUGAUGAUGGAGCUGGCUGCCUACUGCAGCAACAUCCAGGCCUCUUUAUCCUCCGCUGUCCUGAGCAGACCAGCUCCUGGGGCGGCCUGCUGUGCCCAGUUCUCUGCUGACAAUAAAUGGUACCGUGCGGUUGUCCUGGAGGUCGGUGAGAAUGAGAUGAGCGUCAUCUACGCGGACUACGGCAACACGGAGAAGGUGCCAUUCUCCCGUAUCUUGCCCAUCCCCGUGAACCUGCUGCAGCUCCCCUUUCAGGUCACCCGGUGCACCCUCACUGGUAAAGAACACUUCCCUGCAGAGUUUCCAAAGGAAGUGCAGCAGAUGUUUCAACACCUGCUGGUGGGUGGCGUCCUCGCCACUGUCCAGUCCUUCAAUGGCUCUGAAAACGAGCUCUCACUCACUCUGCCCACUGAGAAGGGCGGAGGACACAUCACCGCUAUGAUCCUGGAUGCACUACGGGCCCGGGUCAAGAGUAAUCCUUCCACAUCCACCACGCAGAAGGUUGACCAAACUGACAGCAGCGCAUCUGCUGCCAUCACCACAGCUGUGCCUGACUGCCCCCUGCCCACGUCCACAUGUGAAACCCAAAAGGGGCUUGAAAACCCAGCAGCUACCAUAAACCCAAAGCCGGCACCCCAGACUCCCCAGCAGGAGAAAGACACUUCUGCCGGGACUAUCAAUGAUCCUCAGACGUCUGGCUGCUGCUGUCUGAAGCUGACGACAAAGAUUGACCACCUGGAAAAGUUGCUGCUGCAGCAGUUUUCUCUCAUCACCCUAUUGGUGGGACAGAAAAAAUAAGAUUAACCAAUUUCAAAACAUUAUUGUCCUUGUUAAAAUGUUUUUUUAUUUCCGACCAUAUUUCUUUAAAAAAAAAAAAAGUUAACUCUGAAUGUGGCCUCCAGAAGCAGCCAUUCAGCUUGUAGUUUUAGUUUUAUCACCUUAUUCCAGAAGUUGGCUCCUGCACGUGUGCUGUAGCAUGCUGCCAUCCGUUCCUUUGUUCAGUCCUCACCCUGUUCACAUGGGAUGUCCUGCCCGAUUG